UAUCGAAUGUAAACAAAAAAACAUAUGCACAGAAAAUAUUGGUCAACAAAUAAAACAAAUUAGUUAUUCUUGUAGACGAGAGCGUAUGAAGUCUGGGCAACUGAUUAAUUUAUAAAUGUAUAAAAGCUUCCAGUGAAAUAAAAAACAAUACGUAACAAUGUUUAAAAAAUCCAAGCCACAGGUAGCACCACCAUCAGCACCAACAGUAGAAGAAAUGUUAUCCGACAUGGAAACAUUUGAUAUAAUCACCCAGUCCGCAGGAGGCAAUGUCAGUAGUAUCGCAUUAGAGAAAUCUCUACUCUCAGAAUCUGGAUCCCUGGCUCUUGGGACAUGGUGGGAAAUGUUUGAUGUGUACGACCACAAAAUAAAAAAGCUGACUAAUAUGAAAAACUCAUUGGAAAAACAAAAGCAGCAGCUGGAAGAAUGCAAAGCGAAGCUCGAAAGGACGGCGAAAAGGCUGCGCGACGGGUUAGAAACCCAACAGAAGUUAAUAAAAGAAGUGAUUGAUGGUUGAUUUUACUGAAGAUUAAACAUAGACAUUUAAAUCGAUGUAUUAUUUAUUUACG